AUGGCAUCAUUAAUGUACAAUAAUUCAUCUGCAUUAUCAUCUUCAAAUGAAUUUGCAAAUGAAAUUAAACGAUAUCUAGCAAAUCUUAAUUAUACUCUUUCAUUUAUUCAAACAUUCAUUGUUUUAUUUGGUAUACUUGGAAAUCUUAUUGCAUUAGUUGUCAUUAAUAGAAGAUCAUUAAGAAAUACAUCAUCGACAACAUUUAUAACAUAUAUGGCAAUAUUUGAUAGUUCUGUUCUACUUUUACAUGGUGCUAAUUUAGCAAGAUCGAGUAAAAAUCCUUUUAUUCAUUGUUCAUUAACUUAUCUUACAGAUUUAGCAACAUUUUGCGCUAAUUGGAUUCUUGUUUUUAUAACAUUAGAACGUUGUGUUGCUGUUCAUUCACCAUUUCUUGCUAAACGUUUUUGUACUGUAAAUUCAGCUCGUUGCUCAAUAUAUAUCUUCUUAUCAAUUUCAAUCAUAAUUUUUUCUGCAAAAUUUCCAUUGAUUUAUGAUGUACGACAAGCUUUUAAAAAUAAAAGAUGUCUUAUACGUUCAAAUUUUGUAUUAAUUCUUCGUAUAUAUCAAGUAGUAUUAUUUUAUAUUAUACCGGAUUUACUUCUUCUAUCAAAUUUACUUACUAUUCAUGCAUUAUGUCGACGAGCACAACGAUUUUCAGUAGCUUGUUUAAAAGAUGAACAAAAAUUAGAUAUUCGUAUAAAUGAUAUGAAUUCAAAUCGUAAACAGCGGCAAUUAACAAUUAUGCUUGUUGCAGUUAGUUUGUCAUUUUAUUUAUUUACAACACCAGCAAUGAUUAUGUUUAUAAGUGAAUAUCAUCCAUUACAACAUAAGAAUAUAAAUAAAAUAAAACAAAAUCUUUUCUUUUCACAACUUUCUGUUAUAAUAUUACAAUUAAAUAAUGCAACCAAUUUUAUAUUUUAUUGUGUUGCUAGUCAACGUUUUCGUCUAGCAACCAUACAAACAUUUUAUGAUUAUUCACACCGAUUAAACAUUUUUUAUCAUCGAUAUAUUUUAUGCGAUAAACAAUAUUAUCCGAUACCUUUGUAUCGACAUCGUUUAAGUAAUUUUGGACAAACAACAAUAGCCCUCCGUAGUACAUGUCCUCCCUAUUUUAAUCAAUAUCAAUAUAGAGCAUCAACAUGUGAACAUCUUACUGGUUGUCAUGGACGUGUUAUACAACGAGGUGAUGAUGAACCACCUUUACCAUCAUCACACAAUCAUGAUCUAGAUAAAAAACGAUUUAAAUCAGAUUUAAAACAUCCUGUUCGUGAAGGACAAUCACCGUUUCAACAAAUCUAUCGUGCUGAAUUGAUCAAGAGGUACACAACUCAUACAGAUGAUUUGUUUGCAUUACCUCAAUAUCAUCAGAUCGAAAAUCCUUUGUAUCGAACAAAAUAUAAAAAUUUUCCACCACUUUCAAGAUCAAUCAAUGAAAUUUCUCUUGAAGGUAAAUGGCGUAUGUCAUUAGACAACAAAGAUUUUAUUGUUAUCGACCAUCAUUAUUCCAAUAAUUUUCUCUAA